AUAAACAUAAUGGUUACGUAGACAAAGACGAUCAUUUAAGAAAAAAAUACGGACUCCCUAUACACGCAUUCAACACCGAGGAUGAGGUUUCUAAUCUGCUUUGUCACUUUGUUUGCAUUUGCGAACUGCUUUAAUGUAGAGCGCGCUGCCAGUUGUCCAUUGUUUUGUCCUAUGAAUUACGCUCCAUUGUGUGGUACAGACGGCAAAACCUACAGUAACGAGUGUGAACUACAUGUCUCCAACUGCCUACACAAAACACAAGUCACUAAAGAUUACAAUGGUAUGUGUGGUGGCGAUGCUCUUCAACCAGUAGCCGUGUCACGCUGAUUUAUAAUUAAAUCGGCAUUAUACUGCUGAAAAAAU